CAGCUUUUUUCAGUUUCUUCAUCAGCACCGUCGUCGACGAAAGACCUAUUGAACACUCAUCAUCUCUAAUCACUGUUCAUUUACCCGGCGACUUAUUAAAAUGGAUGCUGAGGCCUCCACCUCUGCUGCGGCGGACAAUGCUACGCCCAGGAAGCCUUUUUCCACCCUUGAACUAUCUCAACAGACAUUGAAAGCUCUCGAGGAUAUGGGAUUCUCUACCAUGACACCCGUACAAGAAAAAUCGAUACCCCUACUCCUCGCCGGUAAAGAUCUCUUAGGCGCUGCUCGCACCGGGUCUGGCAAAACGCUCGCGUUCCUUAUACCCGCUGUCGAACUUUUACACAGACUAAAAUUCAAGCCUCAGAACGGCACUGGAAUCAUCAUCAUUUCUCCGACACGAGAGCUAGCUUUACAAAUAUUCGGCGUUGCAAAAGAUCUCAUGGCUCAUCAUUCGCAGACGUUUGGUAUCAUCAUGGGAGGUGCUAAUCGAAGAGCGGAAGCGGACAAGCUGGUCAAGGGUGUAAACCUCCUGGUGGCUACUCCUGGACGGUUAUGGGAUCAUUUGGAGAGCACAAAAGGCUUCGUAUAUCGUAAUUUGAAGGCUUUAGUUAUCGAUGAAGCGGACAGGAUUCUUGAGGUAGGGUUCGAGGAGCAGAUGAAGAAAAUUAUAAAGCUUUUGCCUAAUGAAAAUCGACAAUCGAUGUUAUUCUCUGCUACUCAGACAACAAAGGUACAAGACCUGGCACGGAUAUCGCUUCGACCAGGUCCUGUGCAAGUAGACGUUGACAAGGAAGAGUCUACUAGCACUGUAUCGACACUUUCUCAAGGCUACGUUGUCUGCCCUUCAGACCGACGAUUCCUUCUACUCUUCACGUUUCUCAGCAAAUACCGAAAGAAAAAAGUCAUCGUUUUCUUUUCCAGCUGUGAUUCUGUCAAAUAUCACGCUGAACUACUCAACUACAUUGAUGUUCCGGUUCUGGAUCUCCACGGAAAACAAAAACAGCAGAAACGGACAAAUACAUUCUUUGAGUUCAUCAAUGCAGACUCGGGUAUCUUGUUGUCGACCAAUGUUGCUGCUCGAGGGUUGGACAUACCCCGUGUGGACUGGAUCGUUCAGUUCGAUCCUCCAGAUGAUCCUCGGGAAUAUAUCCACCGAGUGGGUCGUACAGCUCGAGCAGGAAAAGUUGGGAAAAGUCUGCUAUUCCUGCUUGAGAGCGAGCUAGGUUUCCUAAGGUAUCUGAAAGAGGCCAAGGUCCCUCUCAAUGAAUUCAGCUUCCCCGCCGAUCGCAUAAAGAAUGUGCAGAGUCAGCUCGAAAAAUUGUUGCAAAAGAAUUACUUCCUUCAUCAGUCUGCUAAAGAUGGCUUCCGGGCAUAUCUACAAGCAUAUGCUUCAUACUCGCUGAAGAAGAUUUUCGACGUCAAUGCGCUGGAUCUUGCAAAGGUUGGAAAGGCCUUUGGUUUCUCGGUUCCUCCUCGCGUCAAUGUGAAUAUCGGUGGCGGAAGCAGUACUUCGGCAGAAAAGCGGAAACGUCCGCGUCAUGACGAUGAGGAGGAAUUCGAGGAACUAGAGUUUGAUGAGGCGGCAUUGGACGAGGAUGAAGAUAAACAGCUGGAGGUACGGGAACGUCGGAAUCAGGGUAAAGGUCGGCGUAUAGAGACGUUGGGAAGAAAAAGAGUUGAAAAGGAAGUGUACAAGAAGGGGAGAGAGCGGCAGAAGAUGGCAGCUAGUGGACAGUGGAGUCGCUGAGAGUAGUUGUAACAUUUUUUUGCCGUAUAUCUUCUAUGCUAGUAACCUUUUGCAUCCGUCAUCAAAAGUCACGUGAAGACCACGUUGCGCCA